UGGUUCACACACCGCCUUGCCUCUCCCUCUCUCUCCCCCCAAUCUCUCUCCCUCUCUCUUCCCUCUCCAUAUCCACAACCGAUCCAACAGUAGACGCAGUAGUACCCACGGUGCAGCACGUCGAUCCGGACGCGGGAGGGGAAGCUUCGUCCAAAGCAACAACACGGACCAAUACCAACAGGACGCUCAAGGGGCACCGUCGACUCGAAAGAUGAGCGAUAUGGAAGCCGGGGGUGGGGGGGUUGCCCCAGAUGUACCGGUGCCGAAGGGAGGCGGCGCGAUUGAGAACCGGACGGGAACCACCGGGGAAAGCAUGUCUUCCAAGAUCGGGACAGGAGGAAACCACACACUGUCUGUCAUGGACCUCACGUACUCGGUCCAGGUCACCGACAAGGACACCAAGGAGAAGCAGACGAAGACCCUCCUUCACCCCGUGACCUUCAGCAUCAAGCCCACGGAAAUGCUGGCCAUCAUGGGCGCGUCGGGGGCCGGGAAGAGCACCCUUCUCGACGUCCUCGCGCAGCGCGUUCCCUUCAGCGAGGCAAGCGGCCGCACUGACUACCUGCCCACCACCCCCACCCGUCCCUGUGGUGCCCUUCCAGCUGUGGAGGGGAGCUACUUGCUGAACGGCCAGGCCAUUCAGCCCAAGGAAUUCAAGCGCAUGUCGGGAUACGUCAUGCAGGACGAUGCUCUGUACCCGUUGCUCACGGUGCGAGAGACCCUCCGCUUCGCCGCUGAGCUCCGCAUCCCCAACAUGACCAAGGCGGACAAGUAUGAGCUUGUGGAGGAGACGAUUCGGCAGCUCAAGCUCACCAAUUGCGCUGACACCAAGAUCGGCAACGAGAUACACAGAGGCGUCUCUGGGGGGGAGAAGCGUCGGGUGUCGAUCGGUGUGGACACGGUGCAGCAGCCCACCAUCAUUUUCCUGGACGAGCCGACGUCGGGGCUAGACUCUACGACGGCGUUGACGAUCGCUCAGACUCUGUCCUCAGUCUGCAAGCGCAACCGCACGGUGGCGAUGACCAUCCACCAGCCCUCGACAAGGGUGCUAGACGUGUUCGACAAGGUCAUGUUCCUCAGCCGCGGCAGGGUGGUCUACUUCGGGCGCCCGGCAGACUUGCCAGCCUACUGCACCGGCCUUGGCAAGACCCCUCCGGCGUACUCUAACAUCGGAGAGUUCUUCCUCGAGGUGGUGGACGAGUACGAGACCGCCGACAACGUGAAGGCGUUGGCCGACAGCCACCAUGAGGCAGUACGCAUGCGGGCCCCCUCAACGGCUGGUGUAGAGGCGGACGCGCUCGAGGACACAGGCUACGACUACGCCAACCCGAUGUUGAAUGAGAUCAUCAUUCUCCUCCGACGUCAGUGGAUAAACGUCGUGCGCACGCCGGAGCUCGCCGUUGUCCGAGUGGUGAUGUGCUCGGUCGUGGCCCUAGUGCUGGGGUCUUUGUUCUGGAUGACCGACGCAGACGCCAAGGGGUUUGGAGGCCGUGCGGCUUACUUCGCAUUCGGAUAG